CGCCGAGGGUCAACACGCUGGCGCACUGUGUGUUCGCUGUGUCACGGAGGGAGGAGACGACCGAAGACGAGGUUGAGGAGACUCGUUUCCAUCUUCUUGCUGAUAUAAGUUUCAGUGAUGUCAGGCAGAGCUGGAGGACCAGCAGAUUGAGUGGGAUCCCUCCAACUCCUGGGUUGUUACCAUGGAGACGGAGCUGGAUCCCUCUGACUCCAGGCUUGUUACCAUGGAGACGGUCGCUGAUAGAAACACAUGUCCUGGGCCUGAACAGUCUUCAGAUCCUGGGUCAGCUGAGUGGCCCCUCCCACCACCCACAGCCACUGUGACCACAGAAACAAAAGCUCCUCCUACUCCGCCUCCUGCUGGCCCCACCCCCUCCGCUCCAGCUGCUGACACCUGGCUGUCAUCACAGCUGGAGGCUGCGCCCCGAGAGCCAUGUCAGAAUCAGCUGAUCGUGGUGGAGCAGCGAGGUCAGAUGCUGCCCUGUGAGCGUAUGGUGAUUGUUACAGGCAGAUCAGAGGGCAGAGAGGUGUUUGUCAUCCCGUCCAAUCAGCGGGCUGUGAUCUCCUCCAGCAGUCCAGCUGGUCCUGUUGUUGGCAUCCCAGUAACCACGGUAACAGACAACACCACCAACAGCGGUCGACCUCGCAGUGAAGAGACGACAGCCGCCAGCCGUCUGGAUGUUUCUGCUCGUAUGAAGACGCUGCCCUCCAGCGCCCCCAGCUGGGCUCUGAGACUACGCAGCAUGCAGAAGUUGGGAGAUUCCUACAGAGGUUUUUGCUGUUCGGAAGCAGAAAUGGAGGCUGUAUUGUUGCUCCAUAAGCAGCAGACCUGUUGUGUUUUUGGGACUCGUCAGUCUCCGUCUUUGGACAAACCAGCAUCCAGACUCAUGUGGAAGUCUCAGUACGUCCCCUACGAUGGCAUCCCAUUCGUCAACACAGGCAGCAGGGCAAUCGUGAUGGAGUGUCAGUUCGGACCUCGCAGGAAAGGACUGCAGCCGAAGAAGAACUGUGAACUCACAGAUGAGGUUACAUACAAAGCUACCUGUCCUGCCAGGAUCUAUAUAAAGAAAGUUCGUAAGUUUCCGGAGUUCAGAGUUCCUACAGAGUCGACAGCAGACAGGAAGACAGUGAGACAGGAACAGGAGAAGGCCUUUCAGUGUCUGAAGAACCAGAACCUGGAGACAGGAGGGGUCAUCAGGUUUUACCUCCAGCUCCCCACAGAGAAAGCUCACCUUUAUCAUACUGUGGACGCACCCCUCAUCCCCCCUCCUCCCCUUGACCUCCCCCCUUCCACCAGCCGGUCUGAGGAAGAGGAGGAGGAGACAACGGAGGAGACAGUACAGCAGGAUGAACUGAUCCCGUCUCGUCUCCACCCGCGGGUGGCAGAGAGGAUCAGACACCUGGUGGCUGCAGGUCAUCAUCAGGUCUACACUGUCCGCAAACAGCUCAGGCGUUUUGUAGAGAAAGAGCUGUUUAAUUGUGAGGGACUUCCAGAGAGACACAACCUGAGAUUCUUCCCCACUAUCAACGACAUCAAGAACCACAUCCACGAGUCCCAGAAAGCCCUGGGACUGACUGCCAGCAAAACAGAGUGGACAGAAGACAGUACUGAGCCUCUGAUGGAGACUGUCACACUGACACUGACUCCUGCUGCUGAAGAUGUGGAUGGCAGUGACUCUUUGUCUUCUGAAGCUGUACAGCUCUUCAGUUCUCUCUCCUCUCUGCAGCCGAAGAUCUUCGCUCAGCUGCAGCCUCUCCCUCCUCCUCUUCUCUCGCCCUCCCUGCCACUAGUCGUCAGUCCCUCCUCCUUCUUCCAGACUCCUGCAGGGGAGUCAGCAGGGGCAUCGGGCUCAGAGGAAAAGCUCGAUGAGGGGCAGCAGGUUGGUGGAGGAACCCAGCAGGUGGUUCUACAGAAUGAGGAGAAGGUCGAGCUGCAGAUCAUCGAUGCUACUGACAACAGAGAGGAGGCUCUGAUGGAUGCAAACAUGCUUCAUGUGGAGGUGAAAGAAGACAAAGAGGCGGUGGAGACGAAAGAGAUGGAGGACUCAACUGUUUCAUGUUGAAUCGGCAGCAUUCUAAUUCCAAUUGCUUUUACUUUGGUGGAACAUUAUGGAAUGGAUUUUGUCCUUAGAGCUGCUGCAGGGCUUUUAUUGUGACACAUCUGUGCAGGAAGUGUGAUUUUUAUUGAUGGUAACUUAUCAAUGAUUGAAAAAUCAGCAAAGUUGAAGCAUUUAGAAAUUAUUAGUGAAUGAAAACUGAAUUUCUGUUAGAAAAACAGGGUAAAAGCGUGGUUCUCUCUGCACGGUCUUAUAGUCUAAACGUUAUCUGGAGUUUUAGUGCAUGCUGUCAUGUCAGUUUAAAGUUUAUGAUACAAGUUGUGUGUUCAGGAAAAGAGGGGAGAGUGGUUGUACAUUCGAAAACUGCAACUGUGAAUUUUGUUGAUGUAAAUAAUAUCCUGCAUUUUGUACAGUUUUAAUAUUUGCACUUUAACUUUAAGAUGGAAAAAGGGUUUGAAUACAUUGUUUUAUCAGCUAAUAUAUUUUUUUUAUCUUCGCAAAAGGCCUCCAAAACAACUUCAGUCGGUUGUGCAAUAAUUUCAAAUUUUUGUGAUUAUCAAUGAAAUGG